GCACAAAAAAAAGGAGAGAGAGAGAGAGAGAGAGAGAGCGCACUGACAUAUAGCUGUUGCUCUGUUCAUCUGAUCACGCCUGACACAUCUGACUCUUUUCCUGAGGAGGAACGGAGGCUUUUGAUGCCAACAAGAGAGAAGUCAUCUCGCAUUUGUUACUCGGUCACACCCAAAUUAAAGGGGAGAGAGCCGUCUCUUUCCAACGGCUACUUCUCAUCUUCUGCCUUGCCUCUCGGUUCGAACCUUUCCUUGUGUGAUUCUUGUGUAUAAUGUUGCUGUCAGGGGAGGAAAAAAAAAAGGAUCAAAGAAAGAGAGCUUCGAGUAAUUGUCUUGCAGUAAAAGGGUUGAUUCUUCAGGGUUGUGAAGCCAAAUUUGGGGUUUUGCAGGCCGGAGAUUUGCAGUGCUCGCAUGAAUAAACACAAUAGCUUGCAUUAGUAAUAAUAUCUUCAUCCCAGGCUCUGCAGUGUGAGUUGGUGUUGGCUGUUCCUGUGGGGGGUAAUCGAUAGCAUCUGAAAUGGAGGGGAUAGUAAUGCAGGGUGAAGUUACCUCCAUGGAUAGAGCAGGAAACAUAGUAUUAGAUAUUGAGAGCCUCACACAGUCAUCUGACAAGUGCUCUGGAAGCCCAAAGAUGACUAAAGCUUUAUCUCGUAAAGGAUCAUCCCGUAUGGAGAGGCGGAAUGGUGAGGAGCAAGAUGCAGAUGAGACAACCAAAAAGGUUACUAAAGUGGUGUGCUAUCAUCUGGAGCAGUUUAAGCAGUCCUCAGUGCCAAAUAAAACUCUUAUAAUUGUACCUACUUCAGCGAAUGCUUCUAUUUCAGAUGCUGGAGAUGGAAGGCUUAGGAAGUUCAAUCAUUUGACAGCCAUCAACCCCAGGAGAAUCCUUCUCCUUUUGGCAUCUUUGUCUAGCAUGGGGACAAUGAUUCUUAUAUAUUUCACGCUUGCAAUAUAUUGGCGACAAAGCUUUAGUUGACAGCUAGCUUACCCAUUGGUGUUCUGUCCAGAUGAUCACAGUUGACACAUCGAAGGCCAGACUUUAUAUUAGGUGUUGAAUGAAUAUCUGGACCAGGAGGCAGAAUAUCUUUCACAUGAAAGAUACCAUUUCUGUGCAUAUGAGCAAUUAGUGAUAAUGAGUACCUGCAUAGCGAAUUUGGUCUAGAUGCUGUGCCAAUUCACUGCUGUGAAAUGUUGGCAAGUCAGUGAGAGUAUUAUCUUGCUUUAAGGCUUUGAUCCGUUGGACAUCUUUCUUUUCCUCAAGGCAGUGUGCUUGAAAUGAUUGAUAACAUGGAACAUAUCUGUGAGUUAAUCUAGCUGGUUUUUUUGCUUGCCAUAUAUAAUUGGCAGUCCAAUGUAGAUAGGCUUUGCUGUUCGAAUAUUUCCAGGUUAUCUAUUGGAUUGGGAAUGGUACUGAUUUA